UUAUUUCGAGUAAUCCGCCAUCUUUAAUGGUAAAUACGCAUCUCAUCGUUUCCUGUGUGACUUCCUUGGAUGUUUAACUCAUUUCCCGCGCACUUUGCACGUCGCCCCUUCACUCUGCACGAGAUCCACCUUUCCUCUGUCUUCUAGAUUUAGAAGCAGGUGCUUUGCAAGCCUAGGCUGCGAGGAAUAACCCUCGGAAUCACCAUGCCGGUCCGAAAACAAGAUGCUCAUCGGGCCCUGGAGUUAUUAGAGGACUACCACUCCAGGCUAACACAGACACAGGACAAGCAGCUAAAGAUAGCGAUAGAACGGGUCAUCCGGAUCUUCAAGAGCAAGCUCUUCCAGGCCCUACUGGACAUACAGGAAUUCUAUGAGUGCACUCUCCUAGACGACAGUAAAUCUACACAACAGAAGACAUUGGAGACCCUACAGAUAGCCAGCAAGUGGGAGAGGGAACCCCCCAUCACCAGUGUAGUACAGCCCAAAAUAGAGAAAUCUGUUGCACCAGUGGAUGAAGAGUUGCCUCCCCCUCCCCCAGAACUCAGAAAUGACACCAACAGCAAACCUCACGUCAUUGGUCCAUACGAAGAUAAUUUACCUCCACCACCCCAAGGAUCCGAAGGAGGAGAGUCAGAUUAUAUGAAUGGGGAACCUGAGUGGGAGUAUGAAACCAUUCCUCUGGAGAGGGGUAAUACGGGGUUGGGGUUCAGCAUUGCGGGAGGGGCAGACAAUCCUCACAUGGGAGACGACCCCAGUAUCUUCAUCACGAAGAUCAUCCCUGGAGGAGCAGCGGCCGAGGACGGAAGACUGAAAAUCAAUGACAUUAUUGUGAAAGUGAAUGAAGUAGAUGUAUCAGAAGCUACACAUUCAGAGGCUGUAGAUGCUCUCAAACAGGCCGGCACACGAGUUGUUCUGCAUGUGAAGAGAUUAAAAGCCCCUACAGAGAAUGUUCAGGAGAUACAGCUAAUCAAAUCAAACAAGGGCCUGGGGUUCAGUAUAGCGGGGGGCAUCGGAAAUCAACACAUUCCAGGUGACAAUGGGAUAUUUGUUACCAAAAUCAUUGAGGGAGGGGCGGCAGAGCAGGACGGCAGGCUGGCUGUGGGGGACAGGCUCAUCGCAGUGAAUGACACAAACCUGGACAAUGUGACACAUGAAGAAGCCGUGGCAGCGCUGAAGGCGACACAGGAAGUGGUCAACCUGACCAUCGCCAAACCGUCUUAUGUACCAGACAACGUCAGUCAGGACCAGGCCACACCACCAUAUAGACACACAAAUGUAUCACACCACUCAGAAAACACCUACGCCAAUGAAGACCCUGGAAGUUACGGAAUGUUGAAGCAAAAAGGACAGCGGAAAGACCCUUAUUUCUAUGAUCCUCACAUUAGCAGGGAUCCAAGAAAGAUUGUCCUAAAGAAGGGGUCGACUGGUCUGGGCUUCAACAUUGUGGGAGGAGAGAAUGGCGAGGGGAUAUUUGUCUCCUUCAUCCUGGCGGGGGCCCCGGCCGACCUCAGCGGGGAGUUACGGAGGGGCGACCAAAUCUUGUCGGUGAAUGGGAAGGAUUUAGUAAUGGCCACACAUGAAGAGGCAGCGGGUGCCCUGAAGAUGGCCGGGGACACAGUGGAACUGGUAGUACAGUACCGACCUGACGAGUACAACAGAUUUGAGGCCAAAAUUCAGGAUUUGCGGGAACAGAUGAUGAACACCAGUACAGGCAGUUUACGCACCACUCAGAAAAGGACACUUUAUGUCAGAGCGUUGUUUGAUUAUGAACCAACAAAAGACAGUGGUUUACCCAGUAAAGGCCUGGCCUUUAAGUAUGGUGAUAUUCUCCAUGUAACCAAUGCUAGUGAUGACGAGUGGUGGCAGGCCCGCUAUGUGACCCCCGACGGGGAGGAGGAAGGAAUGGGGAUCAUUCCAAGUAAACGACGGGUAGACAGAAAAGAAAGAGCACGGUUAAAGAACGUUAAAUUUACAGGCAAAACAAGUGAAAAGACAAAUGGCAAUGUGCAACAUGUCAAUUCAAAUGAGAAGAAAAAGAAGAAUUUUUCAUUUUCCAAACAUUUCCCAUUUAUGAAGAGCAAGGACCAUGCGGUUGGCGAGGACAUCAGUGCUGACGAACGUGGCGCUGACAGUGAGGCCAGCUAUCGUGGAGAUGAACCUAUUCUGUCAUACGAGGCUGUAGUGCAGCAGGAGUUGAAAUACACCAGACCUGUCAUCAUUCUGGGGCCACUAAAGGACAGAAUCAACGAUGACCUCAUCUCAGAAUUCCCAGACAAAUUCGGCAGUUGUGUUCCACAUACGACACGAGCACGGCGCGAGUACGAAGUGGACGGCCGAGAUUACCAUUUUGUAGACUCACGGGAACAAAUGGAGCGUGACAUCCAAAAUCACCUGUUUAUUGAAGCAGGACAGUAUAAUGAGAACCUCUAUGGAACCAGUGUAGCGUCAGUGAAAGAGGUGGCAGAAAAGGGGAAGCACUGUAUCCUGGAUGUGAGUGGGAAUGCCAUAAAGAGACUACAGGUGGCUGGACUGUAUCCAGUAGCCAUCCUUAUCAAACCCAAGUCCAUAGAAUCCAUAAUGGAUAUGAACAAGAGAAUAACAGAAGAACAAGCCAGAUUAACCUAUGAAAGAACCAUGAAACUGGAACAAGAAUUCGGGGAAUACUUUACUGCUGUUGUUCAAGGUGAUACGGCAAAUGAGAUCUAUGCAAAGGUUAAGGAAGUGAUCCGCGACCAGUCAGGGCCCACUAUCUGGGUACCAGCCAAGGAAAAGUUAUGAGCAGGGGGUCAGAGGUCGUGUGGUUACUGAAGCAGAUCAACCUUUGUUCAGUGAUCCAUAAACUGCCAAUGAACUUUGACAUUCUUACCAAAUCAUGUGUGAUGCAGGCCAAGGGAAACUAAUCUACAAACCUGGGCGGGCAAUAGUUUUAUUUAUUGAAGUUUAUGGUGUUUUUUUUACUGUAAUUUAUCAUUUUUCAUCUUCGAUCAUGCAUUUUGACAGUAUGAGUUCUUUUGUUGUAGAUUAGAAUUUUCAAGGUUUUGAUUGAUGGAAGAUUGUUAGAGAAAGCUGAAUGUCUUUUAAGAGUUUAUUUGACAAAUAGAGACAAAAAUCAAAGUUUUAAGGGAUUUAACAACCUAGGUAGUAAAGUGAUCUGAAUAUUCAGGUAUAUAAAGAAAAUAAUUGGAGAAUUUAACCAAGUUGAAUUAAUAAUGAUGACAGUAAAAUAUUGCCUAUUGUGAUAAAUUUGUAUAUAUAAAUGGAAAGAAUAAUACAUAAGAUUGGAGAAUUUUUAGAAAUGUAAUAUAUGAAAUAAUUUUACGGUGAAGAUUUUCAUGUUAAUCAUGUUGAUUAAUAAGAUAUUUUAAUUAUUCCAUUUUAUGUAUAUUGUAGUACAGGUUUAUGAUACAGCCAAUGUAUUCCUUUUGCUUCUAGUUAAAAGUUGUGCAUUAUACAGCUAUUUUCUAAAAUGCACUUUUCUGUAACUGAAUGAAUAAAUGAAAGGUUAUUGAAUCAACAUUCCUAAGUAUUCCAAGUUUAAGUGACAUACUCUAUACGAAGAACUGUUUUAUUAUAUACAAAAAACACUUUGACAGACUUGUUAAUUUGAAAUAUUACAACUGCAUUGAUGUGCAAGUUGUUUGGAAGACAAUGUAAGUGCUGAUUUCCUUUUUAUUGUACAUACAAAAAAGCCAAGCUUUAAAUUCUUUCCUGAGAAAUCUAGUUAUUUUGCAUAUAAUGGGCAUUGAAUGUCUGUGUCGUUAGACAGCUCUAGGUUUGUGUUGCACGGUUUGCCUACCUCGCCCGCCUCUGUACCAACUGAUAUUUUACUUAUCUAUCAACAGCCAAGGACCAUGUUAGUUUUUAUCAAUCAAAUACUGAAGUCCCACUUGUAACAGAAGGAAAAAAUUUACAGUAUUUCAUGACAACAUUGUUUAGAGCUGAAAAUUUUUAGUGUAAGCAAUUUUUUUUUUAAGCUUCUUUGUACAUUGUCUUUGUUGAAGUUUUUGGGAGAUUUUUUUGUCUUGCCAAUACUGAUUAGGAUCUGUCUGUAUUGUGACGACUUCAUUCAUGAUUCUGGGAGAGAUUGUGAUAUUCUACAAGUGUGUCUGAUUAGGAUGACAGUCAUUAUAACACAAACCUUUGCCAUUUUCUCUUUACAUUUUUUGUGCAUUCAAACUCACUGUUCAAUAUCCAUGGCCUCAUUACUAACCAUUCUGAUUCACAUUUAGGUGUAGAUUUAUUUCUCAAUUUUUCAAUACCAAUUGCCAUAUUUCUCCAAAUAUGUUACAAAAAUUGCGAUGUUAUGUAAUAUAUGCUGUUUGAAAUGUUAUAUAGCAGGUAUAUGGAUUUUUGAUUGUAGAAAUUAAUUUUAACAAUAUGAAAGGCUGUUUUUAUAAUUAAAGGUUUUACCAGACACAAAGGAAAUGAAAUUGUCAGCUACACAGAAAUGUGUCUUAGUGCAUAAGAAUGUUCAGAUAUAACUCAUGUACAUGGAUUUUUAUGCUAAAUAAGAAAUGUAUAACUUAUUCACAGGAAAUUUCAGAUACUUUAAUAGAAAAUAUUUUUGAAUUUAAAGAACAAAAUAGAAUGAACAGGUUGUUAAGUAUAUGUGAUAUCAUUCAGGUUUUCUUCCCAAACUUCUUUUAUAUCAUUUGAUUACAAAUGGCAGUGUGAAUUUUCAGUGUUUGAAAACAAGUCUUGCUUGCUUCCAUUGUGCAUGUACAUAAUAGGAAAAUGCUUUUCAUUUGAUAUGCUGAUUUAAUUCAGGAGUCAUUUACCAAGAAAAAUAGUAUAUCAUUAAUAUAAAUUAAUAAAAUUAUUGUUGAAAUCUCCAA